UCCGUGUCUGGAUAAAUGAGUAUAUAAAAGCUGGAAGUUUUUUGGUUUUUAAAAGUUAUUGGUCCGACUUCAGAGACUUGACUGAACGUGUUCCUGGCUCCACCCUCCGUUAGUCAGCCUGUGUAACUACGUGUUAGUGCUGGUGCCUUUAACUUACAAGCAUCUUGGAGAGAGGAGGGGAAAAAAAGAGGACUUUCCCCCCGGCUUUUAUCUUAGGGAAAGACGGCUAUCCUGCCGUCGCAAGUUUGUUGGCUUUAAACUUGAAUAGCCGGUGUCUUUCCGUAAGGGAGAAAAAAGGACAGGUUUUGAAUGCGUUUUCGGACUUGGAUUAAGUUGUGCAUGGAAACUAAUGAUAUUUGAACCCGCGGAAAGGAGAGAGAGGAGGUGGGUGUCGGAUACAGGACUACUUUUGCGUGUCCGUCUUAUUCUUUUGCGCGUGGAUCACAGAUACAAGCGUGUUUAAUUUGGUCAAAGGUGGAAUGGGUUGUUUUUUGUUUUUACCAUAAAACUUCCUAAAUCUGAUUAAAGCUGCACAGAUCCUAAAGGUUUAAUCGUGCUGGAAGACAUAACAUUUUCGAGGAAGCUUUGAGAAUCAGAACCAGAAAUAUAUAUCUAUAUAUAGAGAUAUAAAUAUAUAAAAAUAUAUUGCAGCAGUAUUGAAAUUAUGGCGCUGAAGGCCAAAGUGUUGUACGAUUUCCACUCUGAAAAUCCAGGAGAGAUCUCCAUAGCAGAGAAUGAGGUGGUGACUCUGUUUAGCGAGGAGGAGCUGGAGGGUUGGCUGGAGGGGGAGAACAGCAAGGGGGAGGCUGGCCUCUUCCCUGCCUCUUAUGUUGAGAUCAUCAGAGACCACAUCACCUCCAACAACAAUGGCUUCUCCUUGACCCAAACCAAAGUCCAGACCUCCUACACAUCCUCCCAGCCUCACAGAGGAUUUGGAGCUGAUAGCAGCAGCUUCCACACUAGCCAGGGCAGCGAUGAUGACUGGGAUGACGAGUGGGACGACAGCUCUCCUGUGGCCAAUGUCCCUCAGGGUCUCAGCAGCAGCCCUCCUUUGCACCCAGUUGCCUCCUCCCUGCCGGGCCGUGGGAGCUCCCAGCAGCAGCAGGCCAAGAGUUCAGCCACAGUGGGGAGGAACCUGAACAGGUUCUCCACCUUCGUCAAGUCCGGAGGGGAGGCCUUCCUGCUAGGGGAGGCGUCAGCUUUUGUGAAAGAUGGAGACAGGAUCUGUGUGGUGAUGGGGAAGCAUGGACCCGAGUGGCAGGAGGACCCUUAUCCGUUCACGUGCACCAUUGACGACCCCACCAAGCAAACAAAGUUCAAAGGGAUGAAGAGCUACAUGUCAUAUGGCCUUACUCCAACGCACACCAAUGUCCAAGUCAACCGCAGGUAUAAACACUUUGACUGGCUCUACGGUCGGCUCGUGGAGCGCUUCCCUGUCAUCUCAGUGCCCCACCUGCCAGAGAAGCAGGCCACGGGCCGCUUCGAGGAGGACUUCCUCUCCAAGAGGAGGAAGGGUCUGAUCUGGUGGAUGAACCACAUGACAAGCCAUCCUGUGCUGGCGCACUGUGACGUUUUCCAGCAUUUCCUGACUUGUGGGGCGGAUGAGAAGGCAUGGAAGCAGGGAAAGAGGAAGGCAGAGAGGGACGAGCUGGUCGGGGCCAAUUUCUUCCUCACAAUCAGCCCCCCAUCUGUACCUCUGGACCUGCAGGAAGUCGAGAGCAAGAUUGAAGGCUUCAAAACAUUCACCAAGAAGAUGGACGAGAACAUCAUAGUUGUGAACACCAGCAUCAACGAGUUCGGCCGCAAACAAAUAUCGGGGUUCAAAAAGGAGUACCAGAAGGUCGGACAGUCCUUCAAACUCCUGGCCCAGGCUUUCGAGCUGGACCAGCAGGUCUUCUCAGUGGGCUUGAACAAGGCCAUUUCCUACACGGGGGAGUCUUACGAGGCAAUAGGAGAGUAUUUUGCUGAUCAGCCGCGGCAGGACCUGGACCUCAUUUCCGACCUGCUAGACAUCUACAAAGGACACCUGGCCAACUUCCCUGACAUCAUCCAUGUGCAGAAAGGUGCGCUGACCAAGGUGAAAGACUGCCCAAAGAAGGAAGGUGAGCUGCAUGACCGCUGCAACAUCAUUUCUUUCGCCACGCUGGCAGAAAUCCAGCACUUCCACCGCACACGUGUACGGGACUUCCGCUCACAGAUGCAGUACCACCUACGCCAGCAGAUCAGCUUCUUCCAGAAGAUCACGGCCAAGCUUGAGGACGCACUGCAGAUAUAUGACGAUGACCAGUAGCACAAGAGUGAGACAAGGAAGAGAACAGACUACAAAGGCUUCAAAGAAAUGGGUUGUGGUGGUGGUGUCAUCCUCUCAUAAUCGAGAGCAUCUUAUUGUCCUUUAAAAGAAAAAUCUUUUUUGUGAUGAUCCCUCGCUGUCUAGUUGGAGCAUUGGAAGAAAAAUACAGGCCAUUUGACAACUUCUUGUAUUAUCUGAAGCUCUGAUGAAUGUACCAUUAACAAGGAUUUUGCUGACGCUCCAGACACAUGUUGCAACUCAGCAGGAUUGCAGCAGAUAUUUAAAACAGCUGCUCUCAGUAUGACUGGAGCUGCGUUUGAGUCACAGUUUCAGGGUCACGUGACCGUCUCCACUGCCUCUUCAUGGGAGCACUCGGUCGGGAAAGAACAAUCAACAACAGCCCAAACAAAGACUGGAAAACUAACUAAAUCGCUUGAACUGGAUGUUUUAGCGCCUGAAAGAUAUAAAUGUACUGAUUUGUUUUAACUUGAAUGACCUGCUCAGUAUUGUUUUAACAAGACAGCGUAUGAAAGGGAAGAGGGCACUGUCUACUUUCCAGAAUCGGUUUCAAGUCUGGAUUUCCAUCACAGCUUGAAAUCUGAGCUACCUGUGAUGUCUGACUUCUUUCACAUCACCCUCACCUUGUUUGCAUUUGAAACUUUUUGUGGUUGAACAUUUUCUCUUAAAUGUUUUAAUGGUGAAGCGGUACCGCAGUAAUUUAACUUCCAGAUGUUUUAUGAAAACCUAAUGCUACAUCUGUCUCUCACCCAAUUCAGGGUAAGGUUAAAAGCUCUUUCGAAUGCCAGCUAUUUCUGGCAUGGAAACAGUAAACCGAGAGCAUGCAGGCAGUGAUUGUGAUUAUAGCAUAUUUUACAUGCUUUAGAGUGAAAGCUUUUUGUUUGAGAAACAUGGCAGUCCUUGUGAAACUGAUCAACUUGUACAUCUCAGACAUGCAUCACUAACAGACCAAUUCUUUUAAUGCUAUUUGGGGUUGGCAUUGUUCAAAUACUAGACAUAACAGCUUUUCAACUCCCUUCUAACACGCCACCAAAAUAUGAUCACAAUGCCUCACGUGUACUGAUAUAAUGAGCCCGAUUCACCCAGAAGCUCCUUGGAUUUAAUCAGCAUUGAGUUGCAGGCUGAGCUCUCUGAGAGACAGUUAGGAUUUGUUUAAUAUUACUUAUAUUUUCCUUAAAAAUGCAGAAAACUCAGAGAUACAGUUCAGUGGAGUUGGUUACAGGGGUUUAAAGUAUCAGCCACUGUAAGUCUGAGUUGUGGUAUCAGGUGUGACUUCAUUCCUUUCCUGUGAUUUCACUUUACAAAGUUUAUAAUGGGACAAACCACCAUCCUGGUUGUUUUUUAGCUGUUCACUUGGAUCGCUAGCAAAAGUGAAAGUGAUAUACUUUCAAUAUAACAUGAUGGGAGAAAAUAAAAAAAUAAAUAAAAGCAGAAUUUAUUUCA